AUGUCAAAAACUCAAAAUCAAAAAUAUAGAAGAGAAGGAUGAUCACUGCAAAUAUGGAAAACAGAAGGGCAUAAUCGCAAAGAAUCUAAUAUUAUAUUCCCGCAGUCAGCAACCACUGAGAAAGCAAGCAAAUCGGACAGUGUAGCAGAAGCGCAAGUAUUUAAUUUUCACAACCUCCUCCACAACCAUUCCCAUUUCCCCAAAUUUUCUUAAACCCUAGAAUCAUUCACAAUUUAUCCUGCAUGUUUUUCCCAAGAAACCUUUGCAAUAAAUUGUGAAUAAAAGACAAACACAAGCACAAUUGGCCUUGCUCACAAAACUCAGAUCAAACAUGGCUGUAUUUUCUUCUUCCAGGGAUGCUAUGGUUGGUGGAGACAACUUUCUUGUCCAAAUUGGGGUAUCUACUGCUGGGAGGUUUGUCUGCAAGAAGCCCCUUAAUCUUGUUCAUGAAAAAUCAAGACAAUUGGUGUCAUUUUCGAAUUACUUUGCAUUUUCCAUGUCUGGGGUAGAUGGGGAUGGUUUAGCUUUUGUAAUGCUGCCUUCUCAAUUUCCCUUGAAUGUUUUUGAUGAUGGAGAGAUGGGAUUUUUAAAAGAGAGGAAGAUGAAGUUUCUUGCAGUUGAAUUUGAUACAUUUAAGAAUGAAAAGCAUGGAGAUGUGAAUGGUAACCAUGUUGGCAUAGAUGCUGGUAGUCCUGUCUCUGUUAAAGUGAGCAAUGUUUCAUCAUUCAAUUUGGUGUUAAAUGGUGGAGAAAAGUUGCAAGCUUGGAUUGAUUAUGAAGCAAGUAGUAAAAGAUUUGAGGUUAGGCUGAACAAAUUUGGUUUGAGUAGGUUGCUCACUUACUCCAUCGAUCUUUCGAAAAUGUGGGGAAGUGAAAAUGUUGUUGUGGGAUUUAGCUCUUCGAGUGCAAACUCGUCACAGAGAAACAGCAUCCACUCGUGGAGUUUCGAGUCAAGAAUCAUGCCGCGGUGGAUGCAUUCUGAGCCCUUGGAUCCACAGCAGUCUGUGGGCAAGGAAGAAGAGAGGAAAGUUCACACGAGAAGCGACUGCACGGUAAGAAUUAUUUCCGGUUGGCGUUUGGCACCGGAUGUGGAGCUUUGGGGGCGUUCCUCGUGUUGAUCUUGUGGAGUAUGUUGGGAGAUAGGCGCCCCAUUGUGCCAGAGGAGUUGGUCGCGCAAUCUAAGGAGUCGGAGUGCAAGAAGUUUGAUGAUGCUGUAGAUAAUACCGUCGAAGAUGGUAAGGUUUUAGGUUCUUGAUUUGCAGUGCAGAGAAAUAUUUGGUGUUUUGUGAUUGUAAAUCCUCUGUUUUUGGUACUUGGUUGCCAUGGUGCUGUAAUUUAGUGAUCAGUCAUUUUAACGUAGUUUUGUUAGUUUAUUAGUGUAUCAAUCAUUAAAAUACAGCUUCAUUUGGGGAAUUGCUGAUCAUAAUAUUUUAGCAUUGAUGGGUUGUCCAGGAUUUAAGUAA